AAACUUCCUCAUUUAUUGCUUGUUAAGGCAAAUCAUUAUUUGCAGUUUUUGAAAUAUUAACUCAGUGGUUAGUUGAGUAUUCUAUUGUAUACAAUGGCUCUACGUAUAAUAAUUGCUUUGUUGAUCCUCGUUGUAGUUUCUUCAACGCAAGCUUGUCCAUUCGGAUUUCAGUGCGACGAUGGAUAUUAUUGUUUUGAUAAAAGGAGGGUUUGCGACGGAGUGAAAGAUUGCAAAGAUAACAGUGAUGAACGUGAUUGCCAUGCCAUAGUAUGUGACCCAGAAACCGAAUUUCGGUGUCGAAGCGGGCAAUGCAUCCGGAAAUCAGACGUGUGUGAUAGCUUUCUUGAAUGUAGAGAUGGCAGCGACGAAUCAAAUUGCACUGAAUCAGCCUGCCGAGGAUUUUUCUGUGGAGAUGGAGUAUGCUUACGUUCUUCUAAGAGAUGUGAUAACAAGGAAGAUUGCGUUGAUGGCUCUGACGAAGAAGGUUGCAUUCCUUUUUGCUCUGAAAAAUAUAAAUUUCUGUGUGAGUUUGGAUGUAUCCAUAGGCACCUCCUCUGUGACGGACGUCAACACUGUCGCGAUUUUUCCGAUGAGAAAGACUGUGGUAAGUGACAUUUUUAAAAUUUACAAAGUGCAAAAUAAAAUCAUAAAAGCACAAAUAAA